CAAUUUUAUUUGUUUUUGUUGUUCUAGAGACAUCCUUCUUUUAACUACAAGCACAUGAGCAGUAGUCCUAAAGAUAAGUUUAUGGGCUAAAAUAAUUAUAUUACUUGAUUCUGUGAACACAAGUCUAAAAGGACUAGAUACUUUAGUCAGAGACCAAACUAUAUUGAAAAUAAUGUUGUUUUUCUACCUAAGUGUGAAUUCUUAGAAAUAGUCACUAAUGUCCACUUAAACUUCCCUUAAGCCUUAGCAUGGAAACUGUGAAAAGGUCUAGUUGUCACAGUGUCUACUACAAGGGCAGAGGACUAAAUCAGAACAGUUUAUAGGUUCUCAUAAUAAAAUAAUUAUGUGUUUAAUAACAUUACUCCCAUUGUGUUUCUUAUUGACAGGUGAAUUCACAAACUGCAAUAAUCCUAGUCAUGAUCAGAGUACAGAUGCUUCUUUACAUCUUCUUCAAAAUCAAAGAAGCCACAUGGGAAAUUUAUGUUCUGAGUUUGGGGAAGCGUUUCUUAAGACAUCACAUCAUCUUAAACAUCUAAAAAUUCAUACAGGAGAAAAUCCAUUUUCUUGUCCUAUAUGUGGGAAAUGUUUUAACCUUAAAAACAUUCUUGUUGCUCAUCAGAAAAUUCAUACAGGAGAAAAAGGAUUUUUAUGUUCUGACUGUGGAAAAUGUUUUACUCAGAAAUCAGAUCUUAUUCGUCAUAAGAAAAUUCAUACAGGAGAGAAAGGAUUUUCAUGUUCCGAUUGUGGGAAAUGUUUUAAUCGGAAAUCAAAUCUUAUUACGCAUCAGAAAAUUCAUACAGGGGAGAAAGGAUUUUCAUGUUCGGACUGUGAGAAAUGUUUUACUCAGAAAUCAAAUCUUAUUACGCAUCAGAAAAUUCAUACAGGGGAGAAAGUUUUUUCAUGUUCUGACUGUGGGAAAUGUUUUAAUCAGAAAUCAAAUCUCAUUACUCAUCAGAAAAUUCAUACAGGUGUUAAAGGAUUUUCAUGUUCUGACUGUAGGAAAUGUUUUACUCUGAAAUCACAUCUUCUUAGCCAUCAGAAAACGCAUACAGGAGAAAAAGCAUUUUCAUGUUCUGACUGUGGGAAAUGUUUUACUGUGAAAUCAAAUCUUAUUACGCAUCAGAAAAUUCAUACAGGGGAGAAAGUUUUUUCAUGUUCUGACUGUGGGAAAUGUUUUACUCGGAAAUCAGCUCUUGUUAAGCACCAGAAAACUCAUUAUAAAAGUUUAACCUCCUAAGUGCAGAGGGUGACACAUAGUUGUCAUCCACAAAAUACCUAGUGUUGAUGAUGACUGCAUGUGACCCCCUUGGGGCACACAGUUUUGGAGCCGUUUGAGGCCCCUUCUGCACCUCAAGCAUUUAUGAGGUGCAGAAUCUAAAUCACUAUUUGGUAAAAUCGAUUUAAAUCAUGUGUUUUCAUUUUUAGAAUAAUACGUUUUCCGAUUAUUUUUCCAGUUAUAUCAGACCAUUACUGAUUUGUUUAUAUAUCAUUAGAUAUGCAUAGAUAGAUCAUUGAAAUGAAUUACAUUAUUUGGAGGUAAGCUAUCUCCAGUUUGAUUGGUUAAUAAUUCAAAUUUGAUAAACUUCUCACUUGUACUUUAUUGGAAGGAGCCAGAGAAAAAUUAUUAUAUUAAUAAUAGAAAUAGUUUUAUUUAACUAAAACAUUUUUUUUUUUUCAUUUUUAAUGCCUGCCCCUCCCUCCUCACACUUGUACAGAUCUAUUCCACUCCAAACAAUCUUCUAUUCAGUGCGCUUCUUGAAACUUAGUAUGGGUUGAUGUUGUGUACAUAGGUUUGCAGGGGAGCAAUGGAAUUAAAGGAAAGGAAAGUCAAAAUUAAACUUCCAUUAUUCAGAAUAAACAUGCAAUUUUUAACAAUUUUCUAAUUGACUUCUCUUAUCUAAUUUUCUUUUUUCUUUUUGGUAUCCAUUGUUGAAAACCCUGCAUAGGUAGGCUCACUCAGGUGCAGUGCACUACUGUGAGCUAGCUGCUUGUCACUCUUACCCAUUGUAUUCAGAUAGGCCCCAGUAGAGCAUUGCUCUCCUUCAACCAAGGAUUCCAAAAGAAUGAAGCAAAUCUGAUAAUGGAAGUAAAUCUGAAAAUGGUAGUAUCUCUCUGAAACCCAAAAGUUAUCUUUCAUGAUUAUGUCCCUUUAAGGUCUAUUUAUCAACUCUGUAUGUUAAUUUUAUAACAUUUUGCUGUGAAGAAGGGGCAUGUUAUUUCACAAAUUCACAGUUUUGAGAACUACAAAACCAAUAAUAUGUGAUAAUAUCUUCAAGAUUUAAAAAUUGUCCAAAAUAAUCUGACAGAAACCUCUGGGGGAGCAUUACAUUGUGAAUGGAUUAAUGGAAUUAAUUUACCAAAAAAUAAAACAACAAAUAUUGCAGCAAUGAAUAUACAGCAUCUUGCUAUAUAAUUAAAAACAAAUCUAUAUUUCAGGAGGAAUAACCUUUUGAAUUAUAAUGUAUAAUAUAUAUAUCUUAAAUGGCAACUAUCUUUAGAUAGAUUUAUUUAUUUUCAAAAAUAAUUUUAUUUUUAAAAAAUCGAUUUAAAUAUAAAAAAAUCAGAUACCCCCCCCCCACCCCUUAUUAUUUUUUAAUUAAAAAAAUUAUUGAUUUUUAUCCACCCUGUGUGACCCAGUGUGUUUGCCAUCCCCGGGGGCAAUCCAGGGUCCCUAUAUAAAUUAAAUAGCCAAGUGAUCACCUGAAGCCCCAUGUGUAACGUUAUAAAUAUGACAAAAUGCUGAUUUAGUUUUGAAGUUCAAUAGCUAAUUUCUAUAGAAAAACUCCAUGUUAUUUUUAAUUUCAGCUUAUUUUAGAAAUGUUACCUAAUACAACUAUAGGUCCACAACAGUUUUGACUAUAGAGCUGAGGGAAACAAUCUCACUGUAUUGCUUACAACCUUGUUUAUUUAAAUUGUAAUAAAAUAUGCAUUUUUUCACCUUUUGUUGUAGAUUUCUCACAUAUGAUAAAUAAAAUAAUGGUAUGGUUUGAAUCUGCUGGCUCUGCUGAAAAAAACAUAACAAAGCUAAAAAUCAAAAAAGCAAUAAUAUUUAGUUUGUGUGGUUUUGCCACUGACAAAUGACUUCCAGUAAUGUUUAAUUGUGAGAAGCAUCUAAAUGCUCAAAGUAGCUCAGAUAAGGGGUGUGAAAUGGUUCAGCAGCUAAGGGGGUGAAAUGUGGACUAAACACUUUGAGAUUGUAAUAUAAAAUGUGUAAUUAUGUGUAUUAAAAUUACUUUGCAUUAUA